CGAGCCAAAACCGGAGGAAAAAAAAUGAAUGAGCUUCCUCUGUAGACGACGGAGCCGUACCACCACCGCCACCGUCGCUCUAAGGCUUCUCGCCUACCUCUCCCCCUCGAAUCUCGCCGCCACCUUCUCCGCCCCUUCCGCCUCUCCUCCGCCUCCGUCUCCGAUUGUCUUCCGGUUCCACUACUCCUCGCCGCCGGCGCGAGACUCCCUCCCCGAUCGGACGCCGCCGCGGGGUGCCGUCGCCAUGCCGCCAGUGGAGGAGCAGUGGCCCGCGAACCGGGUGCGGGACACCUUCAUCAAGUUCUUCGAGGGGAAGAGGCACGUCAACUGGCCGUCCAGCCCGGUCGUGCCCGUCAAUGACCCUACCCUGCUCUUCGCCAAUGCAGGAAUGAACCAGUUCAAGCCAAUAUUCUUGGGGACAGUUGAUCCGAACAAUCCCUUGAGCAAACUGUCACGUGCUUGCAACACCCAGAAGUGCAUUCGUGCUGGUGGGAAGCACAACGAUCUCGAUGAUGUAGGAAAGGACACUUACCAUCACACCUUCUUUGAGAUGCUUGGCAACUGGUCAUUUGGUGACUACUUCAAGAAAGAGGCUAUCGAGUGGGCCUGGGAACUUCUCACAGUGGUUUACAAGCUGCCAAAAGAUCGAAUCUAUGCCACCUAUUUUGGAGGUGAUGAGAAAGCUGGUCUUGCUCCCGAUAAUGAAGCUAGAGAAAUAUGGCUUAAAUUUUUACCUCCUGGGCAUGUCUUACCUUUUGGUUGUAAGGACAACUUUUGGGAGAUGGGUGAUACAGGACCUUGUGGGCCUUGCACCGAGAUACAUUUUGAUAGAAUUGGUAAUCGUGACGCUUCUCCCUUGGUUAACUAUGAUGAUCCUACUUGCAUUGAGAUAUGGAACCUUGUCUUCAUUCAGUUUAAUCGGGAAAGCGAUGGCUCCCUGAAACCUCUGCCUGCUAAGCAUGUUGAUACUGGUAUGGGGUUUGAGAGACUGACCUCGGUGCUGCAGAACAAGAUGAGCAAUUACGACACUGAUGUAUUCAUGCCUAUCUUCGAUUCUAUCCAACAGGUGACUGGAGCUCGACCAUACUCUGGAAAAGUUGGAGCAGAGGAUGUUGACAAAGUUGACAUGGCUUAUCGGGUUGUUGCAGAUCACAUUAGAACUUUAUCAUUUGCCAUAGCUGAUGGUUCUUGUCCAGGCAAUGAAGGUCGUGAGUACGUUCUAAGGCGUAUUUUACGUCGAGCUGUUCGUUAUGGAAGUGAGGUUUUGAAAGCCGAGGAAGGAUUUUUCAAUGGUCUUGUGAGCAUUGUGGUGAAAGUAAUGGGCGAUGUUUUUCCUGAGCUGAAGCAACAUGAAUUGCGUAUACGAGAGGUAAUUGCAGAUGAGGAAGCUAGUUUUGGGAAGACUUUGCUCAAGGGAAUAGAGAAAUUUAAGAAGGCUGCUCAGGAUGUCCAGGGAAAGAUAUUGAGUGGACAGGAUGCUUUUGUCCUGUGGGACACAUAUGGAUUCCCACUAGAUCUGACUCAGCUUAUGGCUGAAGAAAGAGGUUUGCUAGUUGAUGUAGAGGGUUUCAACAGCGCAAUGGAUGAGGCAAGAGAGAGAUCUAGAAGUGCCCAAAAUAAGCAAGCUGGUGGUGCUAUUGCCUUGGAUGCUGAAGCAACCUCUACAUUGUCCAAGAAAGGAGUUGCUAAAACUGAUGAUUCCUUCAAAUUUAUUUGGUUCCAGGACCACAAGAGUGUGAUUAAAGCCAUCUAUUCUGGUGAAUUCCUGGAAGGUGCAGUUGCUGGCGAAGAAGUGGGCUUAGUUCUUGAUAGCACUAGUUUCUAUGCUGAACAAGGUGGUCAGAUUUAUGAUACCGGAUUGCUUGAUGGGCCUUUUGGCACAUUCCAAGUUUGUAAUGUUCAACUUUUUGGAGGUUUUGUUCUUCACAUCGGUUCCCUAUUGGGGGAGAGGGGAAAGUUGAAUGUUGGUGAUGAAGUCAUAUGUAAGGUGGACUAUGAACGGCGUCAACUUAUAGCCCCAAACCAUACCUGUACACACAUGUUGAAUUUUGCACUCAGGGAAGUGCUUGGUACUCAUGUUGACCAGAAAGGAUCAAUCGUUCUGCCUGAAAAAUUGAGAUUUGACUUUUCUCAUGGUAAGCCCGUGGAUCCUGAAGUUUUAAGAAGAAUAGAGUCAAUUGUCAAUGAGCAAAUAAAAGCUGAAUUAGAUGUAUAUGCAAAAGAUACACCACUUCCCAAGGCCAAAGGUAUCAACAGUUUGCGAGCUGUUUUUGGGGAGAUCUACCCUGAUCCAGUUAGGGUUGUGUCUAUUGGACGAAAAGUCGAAGAACUUUUAGCUGAUCCAGAUAAUGAAGAAUGGCAAUCGAUUUCAGCAGAACUUUGUGGAGGUACUCAUAUAUCAAAUACACGGGAAGCUAAGGCAUUCGCUCUUUUGUCUGAGGAGGGAAUUGCUAAAGGAAUCAGAAGAGUAACUGCUGUUACUGCCGAUUGUGCUUUUAAGGCAAUCGAGUUGGCAGACUCACUUGAACUGGAAGUAACCGAUGCAUACAGAACCGAGGGAAGCUUGCUGGAAAAGAAAGUAGCUUCCUUGAAGAGUCGUGUCGAUUCGGCACCUAUACCUGCAGCUAGAAAAGCCGACAUCAGGACCAAGAUUGCUGCUCUUCAGUCGGAAGUGAGGAAGGCACAAAAGAAGAUUGCUGAAGCGAAUACGAAGAAAGCUGUGGAGGUCUCUUUGGAGACUGCAGAAGCUGCCAUCUUGGGGGGGAAGGGAUUCUGCAUCUCUCGAGUUGAUGUUGGUUUGGAUGCAGCUGCUGUUCGUGAAGCUGUCGUUAAGGUCCUGGAACAGAAGGGGAUCUCGACCAUGGUUUUCAGUAGAGAUGAAACAACAAACAAGGUAGUGGUGUGUGCUGGUGUGCCAGAGAAAGGUGGGAAUGCCAAGCAGUUGGAAGUAUCACAAUGGUUGGAAGAAGCGUUAGGGCCACUUAAGGGCCGAUGUGGUAAAGGAAAAGGGGGUCUUGCCACAGGCCAGGGGACGGACGCUUCACAUCUAGACGAGGCCAUGAAUCUGGCGGACUCAUUUGCAUCGAUGAAGUUGAGAUGAUAGCAGAUUUACUCGAGGUCAAGAAUUGAUGGUUGACAAUCCAAUUCUUGUACGAUUACUUACUAUAAACCAUUUGGAUGAAAAUUAGUGGCGAAGCACUACAGUUGACACAUGCUUUAUGUGUGAUUAUAGGGGUUUUCCUGAAAACAAGUUUUUCUUCAAUACUCGAUAAACUGAUGCAAUAGAUACGGUUUAUCCAAA